UUGUUGUUGUUAUUAUUGUUGUUGCGGCUGUUGUUGUUGCUCCAUUCCUCGUGGCCAUCGCCAAAUUGCUGGAAUUGCUUCGACGUCGACGGGGCGCCAAGGGAACAGUUCCUCUCAUCGCCAGCGCUUCCUUCUCUUUGGAACUGCGGGAGCUCGUCCUCUUCGUUGCACUCUUGAUCCCGAGGGCUGUGACCUGGCGCAGAGAAGCAGACGGGACGAGGCGUAAGAAGAAUAAUAAUAAUAAGAAGAAGAAGUCGAAGUCGAAGAAGGGGGGGCCUGCCUUGCUUAGGUCGCGGUUUGUAGGGUUUGUAGCGAGCGUGCGUGAGUGGGUGAGGAUGUUUAGGAACCAGUAUGACACGGACGUGACGACAUGGAGCCCCGCGGGGCGCUUGCACCAGGUGGAAUAUGCCAUGGAGGCCGUGAAACAGGGGAGCGCCGCGAUUGGGCUCCGAUCCAAGACGCAUGUGGUGCUGGCUGCGGUGAACAAGGCAUCGUCGGAGCUUUCGUCGCACCAGAAAAAGCUGUUCAAGAUUGAUAAUCACAUAGGGAUUGCUAUGGCGGGGCUCACCGCUGACGGGCGUGUAUUGUCUCGGUACAUGCGAUCGGAGUGCAUCAAUCAUAAAUUUGUUUACGAGUCGCCUCUCCCCGUCGGCCGGUUGGUGGUUCAAGUUGCAGAUAAGGCUCAGGUGUGUACGCAACGUUCGUGGAAGCGACCAUAUGGUGUAGGUCUUCUUGUUGCAGGACUAGAUGAAACUGGUCCCCACCUUUAUCAGAACUGCCCUUCUGGAAACUACUUUGAGUUCCAUGCGUUUGCUAUUGGAUCCCGUUCACAGGCUGCAAAAACAUACUUGGAACGAAAAUUCGAGAGUUUUAUGGACUGCUCGAAGGAGGAGUUAGUUCGUCAUGCUCUUCAUGCUGUGAAGGAAUCACUUCAAGAAGAGGAGCUUAGCAGUGCUAACUGUGGGGUAGCCAUUGUUGGUGUUGGAGAACCUUUCGUUAUUCUUGAUUCUAAGACACUUCAGGCGUACAUUGAGUCAUUGGAAGGUGCCAAGGAUGAUCAAGCGACCAAGAUUGAAGUGGAAGAGGAAAGAAAUCCCGCAGUCAUUGAGCGGCAGGAUGUUUCAGGUGGAGGAGGCGUAGGAGUUGGUGCUGAAGGCGAAGGCCCUUCAGACAUGGAGACUUGAUGACAGGGUGUUUGGGGGCCAUUCGAGGCGGGAGAAGCUGGUCCAUAGUUUUUUGAGGUGCUAAGGAUCUUACCAUUUGUUGCAGACUCUCUGCUUCCAGAAAUUGAACUAAUCACGCAGUAUUAAGUAUGUCAAAGUUUCCAACAUUUUUAUCGUGCUGCAUUAAAACCCGUCCUAAUCUUACUAUAUGGUGCAAAACCAGGUGGUGGCCUACACACUGAUCAUUGUGAGGACUCUUGGUGAUGCUUCCAUUGUUUUUGUCUAUAAUGUAUGUGCUUGAAUAUGUUUUUAAAUUGGCGGUAUGUUGCAGCAGCCUCCACCAACGUUUUAGGUCCGUGGUUAGACUCUAGUCUCCCUUCCGCCCCUCGUUUACAUGAUGAUUGCUGCAUCUUUUGUAGGAGUUGCCAGGAGUCUUGUGGUUUAGCUUUUAUUUUUUCAAUCGUCUGUCACAUUCUUGAAAGUUUCCUAGUUAUGGAAUGGAAAACAACAGUGCAUACCAGACCUAAUUCCUGCUAUCAUAGGGUUACAUGUAACGAUUGAAGUUCGGUACACAUUAAUGUAGACCGUGUUAAUUUGCAUAUCACGGAUGAUUUGAAAUCACGUAUGUGAUUAACAACUAAGUAAUAUAAUUUGCUUCAGCGAA